AUGCUGCAAAAAAUUCAUGUGAAUAUAAUAGUGGAGAGAAAAGCAGUUAUUUGUGCCAUAUUCAUUAUCUGCGCGGCAGUUUACCACUACGCAGCACACCACGAGUCGCCGACACCUAAAAGAAUUUCAAGUUACGUUUACAAACCGAGCUAUGCCGAACUUAAUAUUACAAAAAACUUCUCAGUGUUCGACACAUGCAAUCUUACAAUAUUCAAUCAUCUACACCCUUCACUUCUUCCGUUUUUUCAUCCGAAUUAUAAUCCUAAGGCAAACUGCACGCACUAUGAACCACUCACUUAUUUAUCAAAAGGACGUUUAUACCUUAAAGAAAGAGCGAGGAAUUUUCAGUGUAAGGCAAGAACACCACGUGCAAUAUUCUCGCAGCGACCAGACGUCUACCUUAUUAUAUUGGACUCUGUAUCUUCUUCUAUGGCAAAAAGAUCCCUUCCUAAAACAAUAAAUUUUUUGAAAAACAAGAUGGGUGGCAUUUUGAUGGAAUUUCUGAACAGAGUUGGGCGAAACAGUAAGCCGAAUGGCUUUGCACUUGUAUUCGGAGUUCCAAAAAUCGCGCAAAUAUGGCCAACGGCCUUAGCGCAUGGGACGUUGAAUGAUCUUUUCCACAGUGACACCCAUUUUUUGUCAUUUUUCCAGAAAAAUAGGGAGAAAUUAGAAAAUGCUUUCGUUUUUUUCAUGGGAGAUCAUGGUCCAUGGGUAACCAAGAUUACUACCACAUUUUUGGGACGUUAUGAAGCAAAUAAUCCAUUUCUCCUAGUAACCAUACCAAAACGGUACCGCAACACUGAAAUGCACAUCCAGCUCAAGGACAAAUCUCAUCAAUUAAUGACCAACUUUGAUCUACACGCCACUCUUAUGGAUAUCCUUCAGAUACAACCGCUGUCAAAUUUUAGUGAUAUCUCUUAUCGCGAUAUGCAACCAUAUAGUAAAGGGUCGUCAUUGCUGAGAAUAUGGCGAGGGGCGAGAAAUUGUCGCACAUUACCCAUUCCACCGCAGUAUUGCUUGUGUCAACUCAAGUGGACUGAAGUUAGACGCAGGAUCCUCGAGAUCAAACUGGGCGUAUUCUUGGCUGAAAAUCUAAACAAACUCCUCAAAAAAGAACGAUUGGACAAAAAAUGCAUUCCGCAAGUUCACCACUCGACUUUACAAGUGCGUGUUAGAAAGGACACAAAUAAUGACUUACUGUACGAUGUUCGCGUUUACCUCCACCCCUCUCACGGAUUAUUCUCUGCGCACAUUCGCUCCAAGUCUGGCAGUUUUGUAAUGGAUUCUGGAUUUAAACGGGAGGAUCAGUACGGCACUCAAGGAAGAUGCAUAUUUGGCAGUAUAUAUGAGCCGAUUUGUCAAUGUCGAGGACAGAAACAUCAGGGAUUGCGAAACGAGAUCACUAGAAAUUUAUGCAAAGCUCCUGAUCUCAAUGUUUAA